AUGACAAUGAAGUCGCUGUCCAUUUGCCGAAGUUGCCUGUGCAGAUGUGUGGAUCAACCUAGGAGAUUUAAAAAGAUUGGAAAAAUCUUCGUGCCUUCUGUGGGUCCCGGGUACGACGAUACUCGGAUCAGACCCUGGAAUCGUCACAAUGUCCGACAACGCAAAGAUGGUGCGUCUUAUGACCGAAUGUGGUCAGCUGCUGUCACCAGCAAACCACAUGCUGUGUCAGUCACUUCAUACAACGAAUGGGGGGAGGGGACCCAGAUUGAGCCGGCCAAGAAGCAUCGAAGCUGGAAAGGUGAACGGUACAAAUCAUACGAUCCACAUGAGAGUACCUUCUACUUGAAAGCUACGCGAAGUUGGUCCAAGAAGUUCAAGGAAGAUCAAUGUCUAGAUCUGGGUGAUGCACGUGGUGAAUUGUGA